GUGGCCGGGGGAUGGCCCUGCCCGGGGGAUGGUGGGUGCUGUCAGGGCAGAAGCACCGCUCCGCAUCGCCUCUGCUCGGGAGCGCUCCUCAGCCUUGCGGACGGGCUGCACGCAGGGCUGCUGCAUGGAAAGGGGCCGCGCCACGACCAUGUCUGAGCUGGAGAAGGCGAUGAUCGCCAUCAUCGAGGCCUUCCACCAGUACUCUGGGAAGGAGGGAGACAAGCACAAGCUGAAGAAAUCCGAGCUGAAGGAGCUCAUCAACAACGAGCUGAGCCACUUCCUCGGGGAAAUCAAAGACCAGGAGACUGUGGACAAAGUCAUGGAGGCACUGGACGGCGAUGGGGAUGCAGAGUGUGACUUCCAGGAGUUCGUGGCCUUCAUUGCAAUGGUCACUACUGCUUGCCACGAGUUCUUUGAGGAGGAGUGAACUGGGGGGAAGCAGGCAACAUAAAUAGGAUCCAACUGAUCAGCUAAAAAUCCGUCUCUCAAGUGCAUCCGUUGUUUCUCGCCGCGGGAGUUGAUGGGAAUGACCCCGGGAUCCACGAUGACCACGACACCAACAAUGAGAUAAUGCUCUUCCAGGACCACGUUGGUCACCAGUGCCACCAGGUCCAGUGCUUCCUGCUCUGAGCCUUCCAGCUCCACCACCACCACCAGCAGGUUUGUCCACGUAAACACAGCACUGUUGGCACGACACACGUGUUAAUGGGGGGGAAAAAACACCUGGACAAGUCACUAAAAGAGAUUAUUAAAAGAAAGACAAGGCCUCCCAAAGCUUACAACUAAACCUGAAUGCUUUGAGGCUGGAAAGGACCUACAGCCAAUGAUAUACAUAACUCAUUAUAUACAUAUAACUCAGUAUAUUAUGUAUAUAGAAAACUCAGUUAUAUACAUAACUCAUUAGGACCAAAUGGGAAUAACACACGUGACAAGACAUCAUCCAUGAAAUCCCUGAGAUGUGUUUACCACACCCACAGGUGUACAUUCUGACACUGCCAAGGAACUUUAAAGUUCUUCUGCUUUGGAAGAAAUAAUGCUGUGGUCCUUACCAUUCUGCAAUGCUCUUGUGUGCCCUGAUGACAGAGGUCUCGAUGUCGAUGGGGUGGUACCUCAUUCCUCUGAGUUCCAGUGUUUCAUCCAAAGAGCCCACCACAUACAAGGCAUCGUGCCUCUCUGCAACACAGCACACACAUUUCAACAUCAUCACAGCUGCAGGACAAACACAGUCACUUGUUGGUGCUUAUUCCUGAUGUUCUUAGAUGUUCCCAGUGCUUCCCAGGGGAAAGAGUCUAUAAUGCAAGCUCCAGCAUUUGAGAGAAUUAAGAGCUCAUGCAGCACUUCUGCCUAUGACUCCAAGCAACUAAAAUCACAAUGAAAAGCAUUUCUGGGUCAUCCAGUCUGUCCUUUCUCUCAUGCAAUGUAACCUCUGUUGAUAAACCACCAUUAAAACAUCUUUUUGUUCCACUA